UCAAUGUUAUAAAGAUGUUUUUUUAGGAGUAACAUUUUUUUUUUAAUGAAAGUAAUUUGUUUUCUUAAAGUCGAUAUAAUUAACCCCACUCUCUCUACUUCAAUCAAGUCUUAAACCUUUGCUCCCACAAGCUCACCUGAAACUCUCUCUCUUCCUCUUCUCACACUGUCUCUCUCAUGUUCGGAGCCACGGCAAGGCUCGAUGACCAACUCAGCACCACACCAACCACCAUUUAUAUAGACCCACCCUCCCAAGACCAGCCGAGUCACAACUCGGACCACCGUUCAAUAGAAACACUCGUUGUUGUCUUAGCCGUCAUCACCAUUUUAUCCGUCUUAGCCGGCGUUUUCGCUCGGCUUUGUGGCGGUCGCCACUUAUCUCACGGCGGAGACCACGACAUCGAAGGUUGGGUCGAGAGAAAGUGUCGUAGCUGCAUCGAUGCCGGCAUUCCUGCCGUAUCCGCUGCUCCUUCACCUCCACCGCCGCCACCGCCAGCAACGGCGGAAGAGCGGAGUAAGCCAGCAGCCGAGGAGCAAACCAAGAAGUGAAGUAAAAAAAAGGGUAAAACUACAUUCUUCGUUUUAGCUUUAACACUAUGUAAUAUCAUUAAUUUUGAAAACAUGUUCCUUUUUUUGUUAUGUACCUUAGUCUACGGACAUUGAUUUCGGAAUUUCCUCAGAUGUUUUAUGAUUAUUUAUGUCUUUCAAAAGAAAGAACAAAAGCAAAGUUCUUUGUCAACUUUUAACUUUAAAUAAAUCCGUUGAGAUUAAAGAGCAACGGCAUUAACC